UUUCAGUUCACUUGUUAAUUCCCGUUCCACCACAUGCCGCAAUUCCAACCCAAAUCACCACCCGCUUAUUAAAGUGUCAUCAUCUCAGCUGCAGAAGAACACACUGGAGAGGGGAUGGCGAUAUCGACCGUACUGAAUUUCGUAUACCCACCGCCUCCGUCGGUGUUCACGACGGCUGCGUCGGUGAUGAUCGUGGCCUCGCUGGCCAUUGUGGGCUUGUCGGAGGCGAGAGGAGUUCACCUGCAGUACUCCAAGUUCGCCCUCGCUCCCAACAGGAAAGUCCCGAGCAGGACCGGGAUGUUGCUCUUCUACUCGCCGGCUUUCCUCGCGGGCCUCGCUUCUUUCUUGAUCUUCCCCGAUGGGGACCUCAGGUUCCUGGUCCUACGAUCAGCGAUCUCCCUUCAUUUCUUCAAGAGAAUCCUCGAGGUGUUGUUCAUUCACAAGUUCAGUGGACGAAUGGGCAUGAACUCCAUGGUGGUCAUCUCUCUCAUCUACUUCCUCUCAACCGUGUCGCUGAUCUACUCGCAACACCUAUCCCAGGGUCUUCCAGAGCCACCGGUGGACCUGCUCUAUCCGGGAAUAGCACUUUUCCUGAUCGGGAUAACCGGCAACUUGUACCACCAUAUCCUCCUCUCCAAACUGAGGAAAGAGGGUGAGGGAGAGUACAAGAUUCCCAAGGGUGGACUGUUUGGCUGGGUCAUUUGUCCACAUUACUUGUUUGAGGUCAUAGAUUUUGUGGGGAUUUCAUUCAUUUCCCAGUCAGUAUUUUCUUGUUCCUGGACUCUGGCCACAUUUUUCUACCUUCUGGGCAGGAGUUAUUCCUCCAGGAGGUGGUACACUUCCAAGUUUGAGGAUUUUCCUGGAGAUGUCAAGGCUCUUAUUCCAUUCAUUUUCUGAAUUGAUGAGAGUGGUGAUUGGAGGACGCUGGUUCAAUGGAUUUUCGUUUACAGAAAGUCAUGUAAUGUUUCAUUCUGAAUAAAAUUGACACGUGAAAUUUUCCAA